AUGUGCUGGAGAGAGACGAUGGCAAAGACUGCCACUUUGGGAAGAGACCCUGCAGCAGCGCGAUGCCGACGAAAGCGAAGCCGAAAACGAAUACCCACCACUGCACCACCACCAACAGCCGUGGCGUCUUGGCGACAUCCCCCCCUCGACGCGCUUCCGCGUAACCCCCUGCUUGUUGCGUUGGUGGUGGUGGCACUGCUGGGGUCCGUCGCGGACGCCGGAGGCGGCAGCGGUAAUAGGGGUAGUGAAAGCAGCGUGCCGUGGUGGUAUCCUUCGAGGGACUGGGGACUGCCUUCCGAUGCCGUCGGCAGCGGCGGGGGCGAGGCGGGAGGGGGCGGGGGUUGGACGGGGCUGGGGGUCCCCCGACGACGAUUCAGGGAGGAGGCGAAGCUAGCCGAAGAGUUCGUUGCGAGUUGGGUGGCGUCUGGCCUGGCGGAGGAAGAGGAGCGGCGAGGGGGCUCCGUGGUGAUGCCCGCGUGCGACGUGCUCGAAGCGGGCAACCACACCCUCAGGAGGCUUGGCGCGAGCGUGGAUAGAUGCGCCUCGCCGUACUACGCCCUGCCCGAGAUUCACCCCAGCCAACUGGUGUAUACCGAGGUUGACCCCGCAGAAGCAGCGGAGAAGCGGGAGAGGGAAGAGCGAGCAGCGGCUCGCCGCAAGAAGAGGCAACAAGAAGCCAAGAAGAACAACAGUAAGGCAGGGGGGAGCGCAGGGCAGUCCUCGGGUGAUGGGGAAGAAGACCACGGGGACGACGAGGAGGAGGAGGAUAACUUUCUAGGAAUUUUCCUCUUUCUCAAGGGGGACUUCUUCAGCGUGGAGCUAGAGAACGCCCUCACCUCCAUCAUGCCGGCGUACCCACGCGCCUGGGUCGUCAAGGCUAAUGCUCCGUCAUUUUUGAGUACGACCUGCACACGUUCCCGCAGCUGCUUCUCUUCCGGAACGGGCACCUGA